AUGUUCACCAACCAUGGAAUGUCAUCCGUGGCAGUGGUCGGAGCAGCUACCGUCGUCACCAUGCUAGCCUUGAGAGCUCUUCGGCGACGCUGGUGCCCUGUGAUAACCUCCAAGCUGUCAUGCCGAUGUGGGAAGAUUCAGGGUGAAGUAUCCGCAAUCUGUCAGGACUCAAUUCGCAUUAACUGCUAUUGUGCUGACUGUCGAGAGUAUGCCACAUUCAUUGCAUCCCUCGGAAAUCAAGACGAGACUACCAUCGGGGAACUGGGAGACAAUCGUGUGGUGCAAGUUUGCAAGAGCUCUCUCAAGAUAACGCAAGGACAAGAUCUCAUCAAGCUGGCAAGGAAGGCUGCAAAACCCAAUGCCAAAGGACAAAUCUACAUGCAUCGAUUCUAUGCAAGUUGCUGCAGCGUGCCGCUUUACAACACGGUGGACUUCUUGGGCUUUGUGGGUGUUUUCACGGAUUUCUUGGACGAGCGCUGCAAGGAGUACGCCGGCCCCGUUCGCAUGUUCCCGGAAGAAGCGCUUGGUACGCCAGCCAGCCCAGAAGCUGACGUUUUUGUCCCAGACUUCUUGUGGAAGCUGCUGCGUUAUCACUGGUGGCGCAAAUGUGGCCCCUUUGACUACAAGCAGGAGCCUGUGUAUUGGGCAACUGCAGAGACGAAGAAGCAGGACUGA